UUGAUAGUCGUUCACACUUGAUCAGAUCAGUUAUUCAGUUUUCGUGAAUCAAGUGUUAGAAGGACAAAAUUAUGGGUCAUACGAUAGAAAAAUCUUCAGACUCUUCAGACGCUUCAUCAGACACUGGUUCCAGUGAAAACGUCAUCGACCAACAAGUGCCAAUGGACCGGGGACCAAUAGCAUGUGCACAUGUACCCUCUGUCCGCACUUACGGCACCUUAAGAUCCGGUAAUGGUCAAUUUGCUAACAUGCGUCGUGAAGGACGUUUAUUUACUUCAUCAAGAAAUUUGAAGCGGUGGUCCCGCAAAAUUGAUCUUACUGAAAGACGUGCGUGGCUUCUUCGUGAGAUUGCGGCUGCAGAGCCUGAGAGUAAACCAUCAGGGGAUAGCACUACUUUAGUCAAACAAAACUCAUCGAUCGUCUACUAAUAUAUCUAGCCCGCAACAGAAUGAGUAGAAUGAGUCUAAGGAUGUGUAUUCGAAGAUUCGAUAUUUUUUUUCGACAUAUAUUUAUUGGUCGACAAAUAUCAGAUGUUUGACAAGUAACGGCGAAGUUAAAAUUAAUUUAUUCAAUAA